AUGACUGUCGACAGGCCUACAAAGUUUCCCGCUCGCGCACACGCUAGCAAGCUCGUCUCUGAGCUCGUCAAGCUCAUGCCCGAGGCUGAGCGCAAUGGUAACCACGCCAUCUUCGUCCAGGGCCACCCCACAUCGUGCCGCGACGACACGGACCGCGAGCUUCCCUUCCACCAGGAGGCCAACUUCAACUUCUUGACCGGCGCGUACGAUGUCCACACUGCCUCGGUCCUCGUGACCUUCAACGGCUCCGACAUUCAGCACACUCUGUUCGUCCCACCCGCGGACCCGCUCGAGACGAUGUGGUCGAUCCCUCCUCCGACCCUCGAGGACGCCGCCGUGCGCUUCGACGCCGGUGCGAUCCGCAGUACCACCGAGCUCGAGGCUCAGCUCGCCCAGCUCGGCGAUGCGACCAUCCACACCCUCCCCGUGACUCACGAGUUCCCUCCCCUUCCCUCCUCUGUGCUUGACGCCUUCAAGAAGCAGAAGCACUCCACCGAGCACCUGCGCCGCGCGUUCCACCUCACCCGCCUCACCAAGACAGCUGAGGAGCUCGAGCUCAUGCGCAAGGCCAACGGCAUCACUUCCGGCGCCCACGAAGUCCUCAUGCGCGAGCUUGGGCGGUACGCUGCCAAGCGUGCCAAGGCCACCGUGACUGCUACCAAGGAACGGACUGGCUUCGAGGGUAUGACCCAAUGGGAGGUCGAGAGCGAGCAGGACGCCGAGGCGCUCUUCGUCGCCACCUGCCGUCGCAUGGGCGCCGAGAUGGCGUACCUGCCCAUUGUUGCUUCGGGGUCUCACGCGUCGACUCUUCACUAUGUCUGCAACGACCGCCUCUUUCCCUCGACCGCCUCUCCCCGCGCGCCGGGCGACACGUCGUUCACCCCCCGCCGCCUGGCGCGUGGGUGCUGUGGUGACGUUCCCGAGCACGACCACGCCACCUCGACCAAGUCGCUGCACACUUCCGCGUUUGAGCCCCAGGUGCUCCUCAUCGACGCCGGCUGUGAGGUCGAGGGCUACGCGUCUGACGUGACGCGCACGAUCCCUGUCGGCAACGGUGGCAAGUUCACGCCCAAGGCCGCCCAUAUCUACGACAUUGUUCUCCGCAUGAUGAAGGAGGCGGAGGAGCGCACGCGUGUCGGCGUGCACUGGGACGACAUCCACCUGCACACACACAAGGUGCUUAUCGACGAGUUCAUCAAGCUCGGCAUCUUCAAGGGUACCGCCGAGGAGAUGCUCCAGAGUGGUCUGUCUGCCGCCUUCUACCCCCACGGCCUUGGCCACUCGAUCGGUCUCGACGUCCACGACUCGCUGCAGUACCUGCGUGAGGUCAAGCUCGACGUCCCGGCCAGCUCUGCCGCGGUGCCGGCCAAGCUCUUCACCUACCUCCGCAUUCGCCAGCCCCUGCAAGCCGGCAUGGUGCUCACCAUUGAGCCUGGAUGCUACUUCCCACCCCAGCUGCUCGACAUGCACGGCGUGUGGGAGAGCCCGCUCGUCGACCACGAGGUCCUCAAGACCUACCUCCCCGUCGGCGGUGUGCGUCUCGAGGACUCGGUGGUUGUGCGCGACAACGGUGAGCCUUGCGAGAACAUCACUCCCGUUGGCCGCGAGCGUGCGUGGGUCGAGGCGCGUGCCAGCGGCCUCGAGUAG